AUGGAGGUUCCAGGCGACUCCCAGAUCCAGUCCCAGGGCCUCCGCAUCCGUACCGUCACUAACGACAACCCGCAGCCCGAUUCUCCCAAAGAAGACACCCGGUCUGCUGCCGACCCUUCCCAGCAGCUCCGGGUUGGCGAUGCGGACGAGGAAGGAAAUGAGGAGAAUAACAUCACGGUCGACUGGGUUCAUCCCACGCGGCAAGAGAAGAAAAAAAAGUGGAGGAGCAAGAAGUCCAAGAGCAAGCGUGGAAGGACCAAACCAACCGGUUUUGAGGAGUACUACGUCGAUGCACCUAUUACCCCCGAGCAGUAUAGCCAGGAGCGAGAUAUUUACGAUGAGACCCGGCCUAUCAUUCACCGCAUGGAGGACGCAAUCUUGCGCUUCCAGAAAAACCGUCGUAUUGAAUCGGACCGUCGAGAGAUUUUCACCAAGUACCUGGCGUACGGAGGCGUGGACGUCGGCCCUAAGAUGUUUGGCGGUGUGGAUGACCACGAUCUAAGGGAAAUGGACAACGAGGAGAUCCUCUUGACGAGAGGCCAAGCGAGCAUUGCGCAGGAGCGAGCCGAUCUGGUGAUUGACUUUAAUGCCGUGGUCAAGGGUUAUCUAACCUCUUACUUCCCAUACUACUUCAACCCCGAAUCCGAAGACAUGAUUAAGAUGGCCAUCGUUACGAUCCGCAACUUUCUCUCGUACCUUAUGUACCACGACGUCUGCCCGGAAUACAACGCGAACAUCGAUGAGGCUCGCAAGUCCUGCGACAUCGCGGGCAAGGAACUCUGGCGCAAUCAGCAAUUGACCGCGAAAUCCCCGGGCGACUUUAAUAGGGCAAGCUCGACCCUUUUCGGUGGCUUCUUUUUCGAUAACUAUGUCGAAGACGACCAGUGGUUGAACCCCAAAGAUGAUACGGUGCGCAUGACCAACGAAAUCGCGCGCAAAGUGGUCAAGUUUGCCCUAGUGGGUGCCGGAACCGAUGAGCAGGCCCACCGUUUCCAGCGGCUUGCGAACGAGAACAGUCUGCGAGCUAUGCGAAUUGAAGAUAUUGACGGGUUCGAAGUGACGGCCGUGAUAAUGCCUGAUGAUGACACUCGGGAAUUCUACGAGCACCACGCUUCUGAUCUGCACCCCAUCGGACGAUUGCUGGGUAAAGCGUAUCGUGACCCAGGCAAGCCUGUGUACGACCUCAGUCCUGAAGAACGGAAGGAAUGGGAGUCGGGAAAUCAGCCCGUGGAUGAGUUUGAGUUCUUUCUCGAGGAAGACCUGCUGAAGGAAUGCUAUCCAGGGAUGAAGGUGAUCACGUCGGUGUUCGAGCUGAACUGCGGACUGCAUUUCUUUGAUGAGAUCUUCACGGCGUAUAGCUCAGUUUACACGGUGCUGGUGAAUGAUCUCAUGUUUGGAUGGAAGAAGCCAAAGGAUUUGGUGAAUGGAGAGGAUACCGAAGACAAGGAUGAGGAUGGCAAGGGUGAAUCUGGAGCAAGAAACGAGGAGCAGGAAGCAGAGGAUUGCAUCUGA